UGGUGGACGCCAUGGGCCAAGCAAAUCUGGGUUAAGCCCUAAUUGGGUUUCGUUCUUUUCAUUUCUCAAUUCCGUGCUGCUUCAGGUUCAGUCCCGAUUCGGUCUGGUCAUUUUCAGAAUCCCUUCGCUUUUGAAUUUCAGUCCAGCAAGCAGUUCGAUUCGCAGUGGCGCGGUUGGUCUAUGCCCAUAAACCCUAAAGCCCUAAAACCUUGCAGCUCAGGAUUUUACCACCCAUUAUUCUAAUAUGAGCAUCCAUUGCUUUAAAGAAGAUGAAGCGUUCCGUUGAAGUUCUUGCCUUUGCUUCACUCUUCUCAGCGAUGUUACUUUUCUUUCGCAGUCUUUUCCACGUUAGUCGCAGAGCCUCUUACCGAGUAAUCUCUCUAUCUUUCAAUUCCUCGCAUCCGGGAUGCCUUUCUUUUGAUGUAUUUAAUGGCCCAUCAUCGCUAACGUCAAUAAAUGGCUAUUACAUUUCUUGCCCCUUUUUCUGGUUUUCUAGCUUUCUUUGUAUAUUUCGGCUCCCUUUUGUUAGUUACUCGAUUACAAAUGAUUCUUUUGAACUUUUAGACAUUGGUUCCCUUCGUAAAAUUAUACAACAAGACCUCUGGAAUGAUCCUAAGAUUGUUGUUUUAUUUGAUUCAGCACUAGCGCCCAUUUGGGUUUCUAAGAUUUUAGUUGAAUUGAAAGAAGAUCCAAAAUUAGCCCUUAAAUUCUUCAAAUGGGCUGGAACCCAUUUUGGUUUCCGCCAUACCACAGAGUCUUACUGCAUUAUAGUUCACAUGCUGUUUCGUGCGAGAAUGUAUACAAAUGCCCAUGAUAUUAUGAAAGAAAUGGUUUUGAAGAGCCGUACUGACUUGAUUUUACCCGUUUGUAAUGUAUUUGAUAUUUUAUGGUCGACUAGGAACUUUUGUGUGUCAGGAACAGGAGUCUUUGACGUUUUGUUUAGUGUUUUGGUAGAGUUGGGUCUGCUUGAGGAAGCUAAUGAAUGUUUCUCAAAAAUGAGGAAGUUUAGGACUCUUCCCAAAGCACGUUCUUGCAAUUUUCUCUUGCAUAGAUUAUCGAAGUCAGGGAAUGGACAGUUGGUGAGGAAAUUUUUCGAUGACAUGAUUGGGGCUGGUAUUGCACCUUCAGUUUUUACCUACAAUGUAAUGAUAGAUCACUUGUGCAAAGAAGGGGAUUUGGAAAAUGCUAGAAGUUUGUUUGUGCAAAUGAGGACGAUGGGCUUUUCUCCAGAUGUUGUCACAUAUAAUUCUUUGAUUGAUGGCUAUGGCAAGGUUGGUUUAUUAAAAGAAUCUGUGUAUUUAUUUAAUGAAUUGAAGGAUGUAGGUUGUGUUCCUGAUGUAAUUACCUAUAAUGCUUUGAUCAAUUGUUUCUGCAAGUUUGAGAAGAUGCCUCAAGCUUUUGAGUAUCUCUCUGAGAUGAAGAACAAUGGGUUAAAACCAAAUGUUGUAACCUAUAGCACAUUGAUUGAUGCUUUUUGCAAGGAGGGAAUGAUGCAAGGUGCCAUUAAACUUUUUGUUGAUAUGAGAAGAGUUGGGCUUUUACCUAAUGAAUUCACAUACACUUCUCUGAUUGAUGCCAAUUGUAAGGCAGGUAAUUUAACCGAAGCUUGGAAGUUGUCCAAUGAUAUGUUGCAAGCAGGAGUUAAUUUAAACAUAGUCACCUAUACAGCUCUAAUGGAUGGCCUUUGUGAGGAUGGAAGAAUGAUGGAAGCAGAAGAAGUGUUCAGGGCAAUGCUGAAAGAUGGAAUAUCUCCCAACCAGCAGGUUUACACUGCUUUGGUUCAUGGCUAUAUUAAGGCGGAGAAAAUGGAAGAUGCUUUGGAAAUAUUGAAGCAAAUGACCGAAUGUGGCAUCAAACCAGAUUUAGUACUCUAUGGCACCAUUAUUUGGGGUCUCUGUAAUCAAAACAAACUUGAAGAAACUAAGCUUAUUAUUAAAGAAAUGAAAAUUCGGGGUAUCCGUUCUAAUCCUGUUAUAUAUACAACAAUUAUAGAUGCUUAUUUUAAGGCUGGAAAAAGCUCAGAUGCAUUGGAUCUUCUUCAGGAGAUGCAGGAAGUUGGUGUUGAGGCAACCGUUGUAACCUACUGUGUAUUAAUUGAUGGCUUGUGCAAAACAGGUAUGGUGGAAGUGGCAGUUGAUUAUUUUGGUAGAAUGUCUGAUUUUGGUGUACAGCCUAAUGUUGCAGUUUAUACGGCCCUCAUUGAUGGUCUUUGUAAAAUUAAUUGCAUUGAAUCUGCCAAAAAGUUGUUCGAUGAAAUGCAAUGUAGGGGUAUGACUCCGGAUAAAACAGCUUUCACUGCUCUAAUUGAUGGCAACUUGAAGCUUGGAAAUCUUCAGGAAGCUUUGAAUUUGAUUAGCAAAAUGACAGAAUUAGGUGUGGAUGUCAGACUUAGGUUUCGGAACUGCCUUCGCUCAUCUCUGAAGCUCAGCUACGAUAUGACUACAAGAGUUCCAGUGCAGCACUACGAUCUGAGAACGGCGAAUUCAUUCAUCGGCAGUGCUCUUCAUGAUCUCAAUACUGUAGAUGGAAGCCCUUCUGAUAUUGAAGCCAUCAGCGACGUUGAUCGCGAUGCCGUCACGGAAGAUCGUUUGGAUGACGACCAAGAUUCCAGUGCUGUUGACUGCAUGCACGAAUCCUACAGAAGUCCACUACCCCUUCACACUGUGGGAGUGGAAGAAGAUCGCUCAAGUCUUGAUAAUAGUGGGUCUUCCAGGUUGUCUUAUAAUUCUUUAACAGUAGAGGAUAUUUCACCUAUUGAAGCAGCACGAGCAAGAUUUCUCCAGAUCGUUGUGGAUCAUUUUAUUGAUGAUCAUGUACUUGAAGUGACUGAGACUGACAAUGAUUAUAUCUCUCAGUCUGGGCAGGAUAAAUUGACAAAGAGGAAGACAAAGGAGGUCCAGUAUGAAGGGGAUCCAAAAUUUGUCUUACCCUUGAUGUAUGUAGCAAAUAUGUAUGAAACGCUUGUUAAUGAUGCAAAUAUUAGGCUUUCUUCCUUGAGUGGCAUACGUGAUAAAACUAUUGGGGUAGCCCUUGAAGCAGCUGGAGGUUUGUACAGGAAGCUGGCUCAGAAAUUCCCCAAAAAAGGCCCUUGCACAUAUAAGAGAAGGGAACUUGCAACUUCUCUUGAAACAAGGACUAGGUUUCCAGAACUAGUAAUUCAAGAAGAAAAGCGGGUUCGUUUUGUGGUUGUUAACGGUUUAGACAUUGUUGAAAAACCCAAUGGAAUGCCUAUUGAAGAUGCUGAAUGGUUUAGACGAUUAACAGGUCGCAGUGAGGUGGCUGUGUCUUCUCAGGACUACAAAUUCUAUUCACCUAGGCACAAAUAUAGGCGAGUUGCAGCAAAUUCUGUGUCCAGCAUUUCUAGUUUGAAUACAUUUUCGAGCGGUGACAAUUCUUCUACUCUGACUACUGGUCAAGCAUUCCGCUCUCUAAGCGAACAACAGACACCCUGCAAACAUCAUAUCCAACAACUGCCUCAUCAGCCUCAAUUUCAGUCUGUUCAUCAGUCCAUGCACCAAAGUCAACAUACUCCCCACUUUGCUCAUAGUCAUCAGUGUGGUCAACCUUCACAGUUACCGGACAUUUCUCAUACUCAUCAUUCUCCAACAAUGUCACAACACAUAGCUUGCUUACCACCUCUUUCAGUUGUUCAUGUCGGUGGGCGCUUGCAUCAUGGGCUGCCAUCCAGUCCUGCCAAGUUCUGUGACGAAUGUGGAGCUCCAUAUUUAAGAGAAAGCUCUAAGUUCUGCUCAGAAUGCGGUGUGAAGAGGUUAGGAAUUUGAUGUGUGUUGUAUAAUGAUAUAUCAUUAUUAGUCCUAAAGAGCUGAAUGUUGUAUUUAGUUCUCGUCAAGUCAGUGUGUAUAUCAAGUUUUCUGCAGUCUUUGUGCAUAAAUUUAGAUCUCCAAGUAUACAUAAAAACAAUACAAUGUGAUGCUUUUGGAAGUAGAUAAUAUAAAAUCACUCUUACCCGCC